GUUCUGGUGUGUUUUGUGAGCAGAAGCGGAGCAGAGAGGCCACUCUCAAGCAAGUCACUGCUGCUGCCCGACUGCACAGCCCUCAGGCACUGCCCGCGUCUCCUCUCCCCUCCUGCUCUCUGCCUCCUGCUCCUUCCUUCUGAAUCCACUCCUGGUGACCCCCAGCUUACAACAAGGGAAUGCCUCUCUGUUUGCAUCGUUAUCAUUUUUGGUUAAAAUCACGGGAGCGCAACUCAAAGAAGUUCACAAAGCUGUUUCUGCUGAAAGAGCAGGCUCCCCAUCCGCACCGCCCCAAGCUGGAAAGCCCACCUUGAGAAACCAUUUCCUGCACUGUCAUAAUCAAAAAGUAAAUCUUGACACCCAGCCGAGGUGUCCUGUAAUUAGAGGUGGUACAAAUCACUCUCUGGUGCCAUUUUGCGUAGUUCUGAUUUUAAUACCUGAUUUUAAUACCCUCCAGAAAAUAGCUCUGGGUCUCCAAAGUGAUUAUUUGCUCCAGAACAGUCACAUUUAAACUCUUAUCAUCAGACAGUCCCUGUUCUGACAACUCAAGAGCAGAAACAGGUAAAUAUAUAUAUGUAUAUAUAUUCAGUGCUGGAAGUUCUCCCAGUGCGUAUGCAUGACAAGCUGGGACACCCAGGAGCAGCGCAGACCCGUCGGACCACGCUGACAUCACAGUCAUAGUGAGGCACUGUCACACUUUGUCGCAGUGCCUGGGUGGACCCUCAGCCCCACAGGGCACCUGUGGAACCACUGCAGGUUUGUGAAGGUCGACUGCAGGCACGCUUUCGUCCUAUCCGGACCAGCUAAGAUGCCAAACACUGACAAAGACAAGAAGCUACUCCACAAGCUGGGCUUCACGCUGGCGGAGACCUUAGGAGAGGGUGCGUUCUCCACGGUGAGGGCGGCCACCUCCCCCAAGUACACGGUCCCCCUAGCUAUCAAGACGGUGGACAAGCGAAGGGCCUCUCCAGAAUGUGUGGAGAAGUUUCUGCCCCGGGAGCUCUCCAUCCUGCGCGAGCUGGAUCAUCCCAACAUCGUGCUCAUCUUUGAGAUCUUUGAGCUGACCGACGGCAUGGUCUACAUCGUGAUGGAGUCGGCAGCCUUCGACCUGCAGCAGCGGCUGCAGCAGCUGGGCAAGCUGCCCUGCGUCCCCGACGCCCGGGACAUCUUUGUGCAGGUGGUGGGGGCCGUGCACUGCCUCCACGACCGCAACAUCGUGCAUCGUGACCUCAAGUGUGAGAACAUACUGCUCAGUGCUGAUGGCCGCCAGGCCAAGAUUGCUGGCUUUAGCCUCAGCAGGGAAAUGAGCAGCUACCCAGAACUGAGCAGCACCUUCUGCGGAACAGAAGCCUACGUGGCCCCGGAGAUGUGGCUGCAUUACCCCCACGAUGCCAAGAAGUUGGACAUCUGGAGCCUGGGGGUGGUCCUUCUUGCCAUGGUGACUGGCAGCUUGCCCUUCCACGGCUGCCUCUGCAACACCAUCCAGCAUCAGAAGGAUGGGGUCCAGCACCUGAGGGGGGUGUCCGCGCUGCCGGAGCCCUGCCAGGCCCUUCUUGUCCAGCUGCUGCAGUUCUUACCAUCCUCCCGGCCCAGCGUGGAGCAGGUGGCCAGCAACAGCUGGCUGAAGGGGGAUAUCUAAGGAGAAUCCUCCCCAGAGAAUGUGUCAGGACAGCCAGCUUUUGGUGCAGUAAAUGCUGUUGAAGAAAAGCUCUUGAGCAGUUUGACUAGCAGGGCGUGGGUGGGAUCAAACUUCAAGUGCUGGCAAGACUUGGUCAAGAACUUGGUCAAACCCCUUCACAAAGCAGAUGAAUAAACCUGCCAUCGGUUAGGCUUCAGGCUCUGGUCGCUGUAUUGAGUGAGGGGUUAGAGCACACCACGGAGCUGCUCGCAUAGCAGUGGCUGUCUGAGCAAAUAGGGGCGCCAGGCCCAAGCUCUCCCACUGAUCCAGCUUUGGUAGCCACCGGCCUGUAUUGAGCUUUAGAUCACACCAGAAUACUCAAAAACAAACAAACAAAAACCCUCACAGCAGAAUGUUUACAAGCAAUCCAACAGCAUUACCGACCCAGAAGUUCUGGGGUGGCUUUCAGAUCCAUGCCUUAACUUCAACCACGUCUUGCAGGCAUGGAAUAAUGACAGCAUUCAAAGUCUCUGCCCAGAGGUACCGGAUGAGAAAGAAACAUCCUGGCCACAGAGGCAAUCAGCCGAGCAAUCACGGUCACCCCCACGGCUCUGUCUUUUCAGGUGCUUCAGUUGUGAAGAACAGAAGUCAGCAGUAGCCAAAAUGUAAU